AUCAGAGCAAAGAAAGAAGAAGAAAAUUGAUCCAAGGCGGGAGCAGUUGAUCAGAGACCGGCUGAAGAAAAAGCUAAAGAAGCUGGAGAAGGUUCCAGCUGAGUUUAUUCCUAUUGAGGACUUUAUUGUUCCCGCCAAACUUAUGAAUGAAACAAGAGAGCGCAGUGAAUCAACGAUAUCCUUUGAAGAGAGUGAACGGCGAGCCGGCCUGCUGAAAGAAUGGAAUCUAUACAAAAAGAGGCAGCACAUGGCUGAAAUGGAGGCUAUUAAACUUGCUUUGGAGGCACAGAGGCAGGCGCUGGAGGAGCUCAAAUUAGAGUCCGAGGAGCUGUUCCACGCAGCACUGACGCCAGAUCCACUUCUUUUUCCUUUCACAUAUGAAGGUCCUGUUUAUACACCUCCCAUCUCAAAUUAUUAUGCUCCUGAUGGAAAAUACAAUGACAUCACUAAAGUGUACACUCAGUGAAACCCAGAGAACAGCUGGAGCGCAACCUCUGUAUAUUGUUUGAAUGUUGGCUCUUGUUCAAAUGUAAUUCGGGGAACCAAGAUGACCCCUGCAAGUAUGAGAAUGACAGUAAGUUUUUGUUUAUUUCAGAUUUGUUUUGAACUUUGUCACAACAAUCUUUUCUUUUUAUUCUGCUGUUUAAAAAGGAAAACUGAAUAAAGUCAUUUU